GUUGUUUUUUGGUAUUACUCUACUGUAUUUUGAGAGUAUUUUUGUGGGCUUUGUUCAGAGCAUACAGUACGUGUGAGUGUGUUCUUAUAUUUUGCUUUUUCAUCUUGUAAGCGUUGGGUGUUGAUUGGUUUAUUCUUUCGUUCCCUUACACCAUCUUGUUGGUGUAAGUUUGUUUAUAUUGUUGGGUUUAGGUGGUGAAUGUGUAGCAUUCACACUUAGAGAGUGAGUCGGUGUCUUACUCUCAGUUAUUCACUUUGGUGGAGGUUUGGGAAGAUAUAGAGGCUAGGAAGAACGAGUCUUCGCGUGUAAGUACUUUGUAUAUCUUAUCGUCAUUAGUGGAUAAUUUAACCUGGCCGUGCCCCCCCCCCCCACCCCAACCCACCCCCCAGACGUAGGUGUGUUUUAUCACCAAAUUGGGUAACCAAUUUUGGUGGUUUUGUUCUUUAUGUUUUGAUGCACAAUUGUUGCGUCAGUAUCUCUGUGUGUUAUAACUUAUGGAUAACUGCGAGAUUUAGUGUGUUUGGAUAGGUGAAAAUUUCAGUUUAUAUUAUGAAGGAUUUGUUAAAUCUAUUUUUUUGUUCUUAAUGAAAUUGUUAAAUUAUUAGUUUUUUAUUUGAACUUUCGUCCAAAAUUUCUAUCAUGAAAUCGAAUAAUAGAAUAAUUAUCUUAUGAAAAUCUCGAAUUUAAAAUUUAAUAAAUGCAGCCUCUAAUCAGGGAGCUUUUUUUUUUCUAGCAAUUAAUUAAGUUUUCUUUUUUGAUUUUUAAUUUAUUAAAUCAAUACAAAAUAUGGUACCACUAUAUAUAUAAAGGCCUGCCUGCUCUCCAAGGUUGAGGAACAAAAAGAUCAGUUGCGACAUAUUCAGAGUUCUCUCUCUCUCUCUCUCUAAAAUGCUUUUGAGAAGCUCUUCAACACCUAUGCUGAAGUCAUGGGUUCCCCAGUCCACUCCCGAAACAGAAUUCUGUGUGCAAAUGGCUACCAAAUCACUACCAACAUCCUGUUCCAUUUCAUUCGACCACCAUCCUAUCAACAAAAUCGCCACAAAUCUAACCCAAUCUCAUCUCAUGCAUCAUAGAUUUCUUGUUCCGCUUGAGGAUGGAGAAGAAGACGUAGAAGAAAUGGGCUGCACGCCGGCGGUGGUUGGCGGCAGCGGCGGAGGCGUAAGUGGCGGCGGAGAUGGAGAUGGAGACGGAGAUGAGGGCGGCUGUUGGGACUCAAAUGACACUAGUAUGGAUGUGUAUUAUAAGUGCAUGAUUGAGGCCGACCCCAUAAAUUCCAUGCUUUUAACCAACUAUGCUAGAUUUUUGAAAGAGAUUCGUGGAGACUUUGUGAAGGCAGAAGUGUAUUGUGGAAGGGCAAUAUUGGCAAAUCCAAGUAGUGGAAAUGCUUUGUCACUAUAUGGUGAUCUAAUAUGGCACAAAUAUGAAGAUGCAAACCGCGCUCACGUCUAUUUUGAUCGUGCCGUCAAAGCCGAACCGGACAACGGCUAUGUCAUGGCUUCAUAUGCUCGAUUUCUUUGGGACGCUGAGGAUGAAAUUGAAGACCAACAAUAAACCAUUUUUUAGUAAUUAAUACUGAAUAUCUGAAGUCAAAGAUUUCAAGUUUGAUUUUACAAUUAUACAAUCUUUUAAAAUAUUUAUUUUUCAUACACAAACAAAACAUUAAUUUCUAACUCUACUCCUUGCUCUUGUUUCUUUUUUAUUUUUGUUUUUGUUUUUGUGUUUUUAUCUAAAAAUAAAUUUCGUUUAUGUAGAAUUGUAAACUAUGCUAGUGUUUUGUACUUCAAUUUUUUUCAAUCGCGUAACCGCUUUUAUAAAAGAUGCUAACACAUGUAAUAUAUGUGAAUGAGAUUGUCAUUGUAAUCUAAAUUAUUUAUUAGAAUGAUUGAUCCUA